AUGGCUUCCCGGUUACCUCUUCCCCUGCAGCGCCUGAGGUCUAUGCCUCGCGUACCUGCUUCGAUAUGCUGCAGGACCUUCACCUCGGUGAGGUGCUUUGAGGGCGUCCGAACCAGGCCAAUUCAUGGGUUGAAAUCUGCGCCGGGUCCACGGGACGCGUUCUUGGGGGCCAAUGUUAUCCCAAUCGGUAGCCAUCAGAUUCGAACCUAUGCCGACACCGUUGUCAAGGUUCCCCAAAUGGCUGAGUCAAUCACAGAGGGGACAUUGAAGCAAUUCUCAAAACAGGUCGGAGAAUAUGUCGAGCGGGACGAAGAAAUCGCAACAAUCGAAACUGACAAAAUCGACGUAUCGGUUAAUGCGCCUGAAUCCGGCGUUAUCAAGGAGCUACUUGUGAGUGAGGAGGACACAGUCACAGUCGGACAAGAUCUCGUGAAAUUGGAAGCGGGUGGCGCCCCUGAAAAGAAUUCAGAGCAGGCAGCUGAGAAGCCCAAGGAGCCUGCCGCUCCCAGCCUAGAAUCUGAGAAGCCGAGGGCUCCGCAACCAACCUCAUCAUCUCCUGGCCCUGAAAAGGCUCCCUCGCCUACAAAAUCCACCUCUCCGGGUGCCGAGCCCCCCAAACCAGCACAACAGGAUUCAUCCAAGCCCCAGGGGUCUGAGGAUACGAAGACCGCAUUGGGGGCCCGCGAGGAGAGACGAGUCAAAAUGAACCGGAUGAGACUAAGGAUUGCUGAGCGUCUAAAGCAAUCACAAAACACAGCUGCUUCCCUCACUACCUUCAACGAAGUUGACAUGUCCUCCCUGAUGGAGUUCCGAAAACUAUACAAAGAUGAUGUCCUUAAGAAGACAGGUGUCAAACUAGGAUUCAUGAGUGCUUUCUCUCGUGCUUGUGUCUUGGCCAUGAAGGAUGUUCCCGCUGUUAAUGCGUCUAUUGAGGGACCUAAUGGUGGUGAUACCAUUGUCUAUCGCGAUUAUGUUGAUAUCAGUGUCGCUGUCGCCACGGAAAAGGGCCUUGUUACACCAGUGGUCCGCAAUGCGGAAACAAUGGACCUUGUGGGCGUUGAAAAAUCCAUCGCGGAUCUUGGAAAGAAGGCGCGCGACAACAAGCUAACUAUUGAGGAUAUGGCCGGGGGCACAUUUACUAUCAGCAAUGGCGGCGUUUUCGGAUCUCUCAUGGGCACACCCAUCAUCAACCUCCCUCAAACUGCUGUUCUUGGGCUCCAUGCGAUCAAGGAUAAACCUGUGGCCGUCAAUGGAAAGGUCGAGAUUCGCCCAAUGAUGUAUCUCGCUCUUACUUAUGAUCAUCGACUCCUGGAUGGCAGAGAGGCUGUCAUUUUCUUGGUUAAGGUAAAGGAAUAUAUUGAAGACCCCCGCCGCAUGCUGCUAGGCUAG